AAAGGUCGAUUGAAGGCGUGUACAGAACGUACAAGUAGACGUUCCGUGUUCCACUCGAAGACAUCAGAACAACCAACCAAGCAAGAAAACAACACAAAACGAAACCCUAAUUUCAACUUCAUCCAUUUCAUCUCAUUCGCACCUAGACAGAGACAUAGCCUCUUUCGUUUGGCCUUGCAAGUCCCACAUUUCAAUCAUCCAUUCUUUCAUGUUCGAUUCCAAUUACUCUUCCAAUUUCAUCAUGGCCAAAACCUCCUUCAAACUUCAACAUCCUUUGGAGAGAAGGCAGGCUGAAGCUACUCGCAUUAGAGAGAAGUAUCCUGAUAGAAUACCUGUGAUUGUGGAGAAAGCUGAAAGAAGUGAUAUUCCAGACAUUGAUAAGAAGAAAUACCUUGUCCCAGCUGAUUUGACUGUUGGCCAGUUUGUUUAUGUUGUUCGCAAAAGGAUUAAGCUCAGUGCAGAGAAGGCUAUUUUUGUUUUCAUCAAUAACACUCUACCACCAACUGCUGCAUUGAUGUCUGCUAUUUAUGAGGAAAAUAAGGAUCAAGAUGGUUUUCUUUACAUGACUUAUAGUGGAGAGAACACCUUCGGAUCCCAUUAGGCAUAAUGUAUGUUACCUUCUGUAAAUAGCUCCUGUAAAAUGUAAAUUCUCUGCAGCUAAUUAUCAAUAAAUACUUGGCCUGUUGAAGAUUGUUAUCCUAAACUUCAAUUAUGUUCGUUAUCUUUAAAUUAUGAAUUUCAAUGGAUGAAUUUAGAAUUCCGAUGCGUGGGCAUUUGAUUUUUCCAUAGCUUAGUUUCAGUAACAUCAUCCACUUUAUGAUGCUAACUUUUGGGUGAAAAUUAUAGAGGAGUAUUGUUGAUAUAAACAUUUGGAGAGAAGUGACAUUCGCGCGAACGUUUAUUCUUACCAACUCUUUGGUGGGCUCAUACGGAAUGUUAGAAAAAACAGUGGGAUGUAAACCGCCUAAAUUGAUAUUGGAACUGUUCUAUCCUUGGACUUCUCCUUUCUAUCCCG